GCUUCGCCUGCACCACGUGACCUCCACAACAGCUAUGACCUCCUGCUUGGUUAGCGGUGGCAGCUAAUAGCGGUACAGAUGCAGUUAUUUCCAAAUUGUAGAUAUUAAAAAAGAAAAUGGACCAGACCAAACAAGAUGAGGAUUAUGGGUAUGAUUUAUACCCCGGAAGAAACAACUCAAAGUACAAAAAGGGAUUUGUCACAGAGGGGCUCUUCAGGUUCAACCGCAGAUGUCAGGCCAUGUUGCAGGUCGCAAUAGAUAGCAAUCCCUAUGCCAAACUUUUACUUGGUGCAAUGAAGAAUUCUGGUUGCCAAGUAUUUAAAAGCAGACAUUUUUCCUGCGAAGACUGUGAUGGUACAGUUAGUGGUGGAUUUGAUGCCGCCUCUUCACAAAUAGUUUUGUGUCAAAACAACAUCAAUCGGCAAUCUCACAUGAACAGAGUUGUCACACAUGAACUCAUCCAUGCCUUUGAUCACUGCCGAGCAAAUGUGGAUUGGUUUAACAACUACAGACACCUGGCAUGUUCUGAGAUCCGGGCGGCUAAUCUUAGUGGAGAGUGUUCAUUUAGUAAUGAACUUUGGAGAUUCCAAUUUGGCCUAAAGAAGCACCACCAGAAAUGUGUUCGAGCUCAUGCCCUACGCUCUAUCCUGGCCGUGAGGAAAAUAAGCAGAGAAGAAGCUGAGAAAAUAGUGGACGAAGUCUUUGACUCUUGUUUCAAUGACCAUGCACCAUUUGGACGCAUCCCUCACAGCAAGAAGGAUGCAAAGUUUGCCUACAGAUUUUAUGAGAGCAGAGAUCGAUAUGAUGCAAACAUUUAAUGGCACAUCUCACUUACCUCUCAGGGUGCUUUAGCUGGCCCAAAAGCUGACAUUCUGUGACAGUGGCAGUUUUUGAGACAGUCUCUUAUUUAUAGCUUCAGCGGGGUCAAGUAAUUAAAUCUCUUCUGAAGGGAUUUCAAUGUGUCCUUGAAGUUGAAAUAUAAAACAUUUCUUAUUUUUGGACACUAAUUCUGCAUAAAGGGAGUGUAAAGACUUAAAUCACCUUGGAAGUAUUAGAUGAGGCUGCAGUGAUACUUUUAGGUGAUCAGUGGUGCUUACGAGGAAAUCCUUAUUUCUUGUUUGUACAUUAAUGUUUCUGCAACCUCAAUUGAUUCCAUGUAAAUAGAGUAGACUGUGCUUAAAUUUAAAAGAAUAAAUCAAACUCAAAGUUUUA